GCCCUUCCGGGCUGGCGGGGCGGAGCGCGCUCGCGCUACGGGAGGGCGCAGAAGGCCGGGCAGACGCGCUAUGGCCGCGGUUGGCACCACGGGAUUUGCCGUGGCAGGGCUGUUCCUGCUCCGAUUCGGUUUCAUCAGCUGUGAAACCCUGCGGAUAUAUGGAGCUAUGAGUGGGAAUGUCACUUUGUCUCUACCAAGCCCUAUAAGCUUUACAGAAGUUUUAUGGAAAAAAGGAAAGGAUAAAGUCGCAGAGUGGGAUGAAAAGGAUCCUAUCAGAACGUACCCACCUUUUAAAAAUAGGGUUCAUUUAGACACUGUACAUGGUAACCUCACCAUCUUUAAUUUAACAUUAUUGGAUGAAGAUGAAUAUGAAGUGGAAUUCUUCUCCCUCGAGAACAUGAUAUUUAUGAAAGUCCUUAGUAAGAAGUUUGUUCUUAAAAUCCUUGAGCCUCUUCCAUCUCCGAUCCUAAAUUGUUCAGUGACUGAUAGGAACAUUACAGUCACUUGCAGGAUCCCAGAAAAUAACUACAGUCAUCCAAACCUAGUAAACUAUUCAUGGCACUGCCAUUCAGCGCAGUGUAACUACAGCGUAAAUCCUGUGAUGUAUUUUGAGAAGGAAGAUGUCCUUUCACAAGAAGUACAGUGUAUCGUUAGUGAUCCAGUAGACAAGAGGACAUCAUCGAUCAUUUUGGGUUCCUGUGUCCAAGAUGAUCUUUCAAGGCAUAGAUAUUUACUUAUACCAGCGUUUGUACUGUCAGCAAGUAUUGUCCUAAUUUUAAAAGGUAUGUAUACUUUCCUUAAAAAAAAAAUCAUAUUUUCAAACUUGAAUUGGUGUUUCAAAGACUAGAAAAUGAAUAGUGUG